UGACAGUGUUGACACUGUUGUGGUUGGAACGUAAACAGGGAAAGUCGAAAGAGUGUAUGCUGAAAGAAAGAGACUGUCAACAGCUGGCAAGGAGCUAAUCUAAGAAAUAAUUAUUGCAAUAAACAAUGUCAUCCCAGGGCUCGCCACAACAACUUGUUUCAGGUCGGGAGAUUCCAAAAAGAGCAGUUUUGAACGAUUUAUCUCAACUACCUCAUGAUUAUAGCACCACACCAGGAGGGUCCAUUUUCUCGACAACGCCUGGGGGUACAAAGAUUUUCUAUGACAGAUCAUUUUUGCUUAAAUGUCGGAACUCACCGCUGACAAAAAGUCCCCCUCCCAACAUGGCCAAGAUCCCUGGGGUCACUGCCCCAGCCUCUGAGAACAUCCCCAAGGAAAAUGGGACAGAUGUUGUCCAUGACGAAAACCAGAAGAAGAAAGAGGGCCAUGAGGAUCAGCCACAGUUUGAGAUGGACAUCUAGUGACACACUACCCAUAAUGCCUUUCAGUUAUCUAUCUAUAGGACUCUACUUUUAUUUUCCAGAAGACGUUUAUGUGUAGAUAACUCCGUUAUGACUUAGUCAUAUUUCGUAUUUGACAUGUUUAUAUUUAGUGUGAUUUUCAAAUCAGUACCUCCUUCAUAUUUCUGAAAUAGUUGUACAUUUUCACAAGACAGAAAAUCCAGGUGUACCAUACUGUAAUUAAUAUAUGUAUACGUUGCAUGUCAGUAUCAUUUUUCGGGUGCUAUUAUUAAGUAAUGUUUCGGAACAAGACUGAUUGAGGGAAGAGAAAGUUUAAGUCAGAGAGCCAAAGAGAUUAUGUAACUAAAAGCAGACUGAUUUUGUGCAUUAUUAAAGUCAGCAGGUAUUUUCAUUUCGUUAUGCAGAUCCUGUAAGAACAUGUUUGAUAUGUUAAUUUUGCAAAAGUUUGUACAGUAUUUGUAUUGAUGUAUUUUGAUCUAAAAAUAAAUUUGUUUUGUUAAGGUUGAAACAGUAAGGUAUUGUAAAUUACUCGGUCAUGUGGAAAUGAUUGACAGUUUUGUAGAUUCUCAAGCUUCGCGCAGAUCAUCCGUCCUAGAAAUUCAAGUAUUUUGGACAUCUUCACAACUUUAGUGCCAUUUGUGAACCAUCAUUAAUUGGUAACAGUAUGGUGGACGAAAAAAUUAGACUGAGAAAAGAAAUACUUGAAAUUUAAAUGAAAACUAAAAAUCUAGAAGCAUAUGAUGGGAGAUUACAGAUAUUUCUGUGUGCUAAAAAAUGCAUGGAAUAUUGCAUUGAAUUUUUUAAUCAGCAAGUGACCAUUUUAUGUUUGUUAAGAUAACAGACAUACAUGGACAGUGAUUCACUGUUUGUAUGAUCUCAAUUUUUUUUUAACAUCCUGAUUUGCUCAGGAUUUUAAGAUUUUGUUGAACUAAGUUUUAUGAACUCUGACAUAGUUUUGUUACAGGAUUUUGUGACUUAGUGCUCUCAUUUUUGGUGCAGAUUUUGUUAAGAUUUUUGUCUGUACCUCUUGUCAGGCAUGCUGAAUUGUCAAGAUCUGGGCCACAUUCCACACUGAGUGAUACUGUCUAUGAAUAAAAAACAACAAGGGAAAUAGGGCAGCAGAUUUCAGAAAGCUUUCACAGUGGAUUAUGCAGGAGUUUUCUUUGUAAACAAAAGUCAUUAUUGAUUUGUCGUUAUUAAAUGAUUUUAAAAAGUU